UAGUAGAUAGACGAAGAACAAAACCCCUAUCCCCCUAUCACCGGCAACUCUAAAACCUUGAGUGUCUCCCACACACUCUCCCAUGGCCUUCACUUUCCUCUCUAUCCCACACUUGCUCUCUGCACCUCCUCCACCACCCCACAUCUUCUCUCCAAAACCCCAAGUUGUCCCAUCCAAACCCGACCAUCUUUCUCUAUCUUCCUCCCCAUUUCUCACUCUUCGAGCCCCCACCGCUGUCGGACGCGACAAAAAGUUCUACCCUGAGCCGUCAGACGACGACCCACCCGAAGCCGACGAGGAUUCCGGGCACGGAGUGUCUAGAUUCCAGCAAAUCCAUCGCCAAGCCGAGCGAGCCCGGAAGAUCCAAGAGGAUGACUUUGAGAAGAACCAGUCCACGUACCUCUCCGCCAUUGCUGAUGUGGAAGACCCAGCGGAAAAUCCCGAUCAGGACGACUCCGGGGACGAUUUGUUCGGCGAUAUUGACAAGGCCAUUGCCUUGCAGCGCAAGGAGUUCGUGAAGAAGGGGCUUCUGAAGCCGAACCCCAAGAAGGAAGAGAACGAGCAGGGUGAGGGAAUCGAAGAGUUGGAGCCCGAGGAGGUCGUGGAUUUGGAGGAAAUCGACGAGCUUCAGGGGCUUCGAGUGGUUUCGGAGGACUCGGACGAAGGUGGGUCGGCGAAGUUCAGCGACGAGGUUACUGAAUUCGGUAAUGGAAAUCGUGGGUCGUCUUUAAAUUCCUCGUUUGAUUUGGAUUUUGAUAGUUAUGGGAAAGCUAAGACUAGGAUUGUCGAACCCAAAUUUAAGAUGAGUUUAGCUGAGCUUUUGGAUGAGAGUAAGGUGGUGCCCGUUUCGGUUUAUGGUGAUUUAGAGAUAGAGAUUACGGGAAUUCAACAUGAUUCGAGGCUGGUCUGCGCAGGAGACUUGUUUAUCUGUUGUGUUGGGAGGAAGACUGAUGGGCAUUUGUAUUUGACUGAGGCUGAUAAGAGAGGGGCAGUGGCGGUGGUGGCGAGCAAGGAGGUUGAUAUAGAGGAGACCUUGGGGUGUAAGGCAUUGGUGAUUGUGGAAGACACCAAUGCGGUUCUUCCGGCAUUGGCCGCAUCUUUCUAUAGGUUCCCGUCUAAGAAUAUGGCGGUGAUUGGGAUAACGGGGACGAAUGGGAAGACGACCACUUCAUAUUUGAUAAAAGGCAUGUAUGAAUCGAUGGGAUUGAGAACUGGGAUGUUGAGCACGGUUGCUUAUUAUAUCCAUGGGGAUAACAAGUUGGAGUCGCCUAACACGACCCCAGAUGCUGUUUUGGUUCAGAAUUUGAUGGCAAAGAUGCUUCAUAACGGGACUGAAGCGGUUGUCAUGGAGGCUUCUUCUCAUGGACUAGCCUUAGGGAGGUGUGAUGAAGUUGAUUUUGAUAUUGCAGUUUUCACAAAUUUGACGAGGGACCAUUUGGAUUUUCAUGGGACUGAGGAGGAGUAUAGGGAUGCCAAAGCUAAACUAUUUUCAAGGAUGGUGGACCCCGAAAGAAACAGGAAAGUUGUCAACAUUGACGAUCCAAAUGCACCUUUCUUUAUAGCACAAGGAAACCCAGAUGUGCCUGUUGUGACCUUUGCAAUGGAGAAUAAGAAUGCGGAUGUUCACCCGCUGAAGUUUGAGCUCUCUCUGUUCGAGACACAGGUUUUGGUUAAUACGCCUCAUGGCAUUCUGGAGAUUUCAUCCGGGUUACUUGGAAGGCAUAAUAUUUAUAAUAUUCUUGCAGCCGUGGCAGUUGGGAUUGCGGUUGGGGCUCCAUUGGAGGACAUUGUUAGAGGGAUUGAAGAGGUUGAUGCAGUUCCAGGACGGUGUGAGUUGAUUGAUGAGGAACAGGCAUUCGGAGUGAUUGUGGACUAUGCUCAUACUCCUGAUGCCCUGUCUAGACUACUUGAUUCUGUAAGAGAGCUUGGACCAAGGAGGAUUAUCACUGUUUUUGGUUGUGUUGGCGAGGGCGACAGGGGGAAAAGACCCAUGAUGACAAAGAUUGCAACAGAUAAAAGUGAUGUGACGAUUCUAACAUCUGAUAAUCCAAAGAAUGAAGAUCCAUUGGAUGUUUUGGAUGAUAUGCUGGCUGGCGUAGGAUGGACAAUGCAGGAUUACCUGAAACAUGGUGAGAAUGAUUACUACCCACCUCUUCCAAAUGGUCAUAGGCUUUUCCUGCAUGAUAUUAGACGGGUGGCUGUACGUUGUGCUGUUGCCAUGGGCGAGGAGGGUGAUUUGGUUGUGGUUGCUGGCAAAGGCCAUGAAACACAUCAGAUAGAAGGUGAGACAAAGGAAUUUUUUGAUGACCGGGAAGAGUGCCGUGAAGCAUUGCAGUACGUUGAUGAGCUCCACCAAGCUGGGAUAGACACUAGUGAAUUCCCAUGGAGGUUACCAGAGAGUCAUUGAUGUAGUUAAAAGCCGUAUGGAGGUGUUCUAAGAGAAAAGGCUUUGCAGAUGAUUUGGCUGAUUGCAUGUAUAAGAACUAAGUAGCAGAUCUCCUUCAAUUCCUUCAAAGAAUUCAAGACAGUGGAGGACCAUGUUGGUAUUGGUUUGAUGGACACUUUAUGUACCCUAUAAUUGAAGGCUGUUGAUUGGUGCUCCGUGCUUGAAAAGUGAGCGGCGGCUGGAUGUUCGAGAUUCUUGAGCACCAAGGAACUUGACAAAUCUGGCCCCAAUGAGGAGUUGAAGGUAAAAUUUUGUAAGCAACGUGUAUGUACCAAGCACUGUAUCACCAUGUAAAAUAAUUAUUCUGAUCACAUACUUUAGAACGUUUAAAUUAUACAUUUAAUUCAGCAAAUCAGCCUGUUUCUUGAA